AUGAUCAAUUUUGAAUACAAACAAGAAGAUGGAUUUGCAGCAAUUUCAUUUGAGAAUAAUUUGAAAUUGUUGUUGAAAGAUCAAGCAAUCACAAAACACAUGUGCUUAACACGAAAUGAAUAUUUUGAAAAAAAGAAUAUACAAAAGAAAGAAAAUCAACCUUACUUUUCAAAAAUAUUUGGUGAAUACCUUGCUAAAUGCCCUGAAGAUGCAUUUCCAUUUCUAGUUUUAGAAUAUUUUGAUGAUUUUGCUAAAUUCAGAACAAAAACCAAGUCAACAUGCGCCUCCUAUUUCACAAGUUACAAUUUUGAUUCAGAUUUCAUGUCAAGUUUAAGCGCAAUUCGUGUAAACGGUUUUUCAUGGAGUAAUGAAGGAUUUUGGAAAAUGACUGAUUCAAUUAUUCAAGAUUUUGAAAAUCAUGAUGGUAAAAUCAUUACAGUGAAACAUCCAACCACAGGAGAAGAUAUUAAGCUAUUCAUUUGCUGUAUGGGAUUUUUAUUAGAUACACCUGAAAGAUUGAAAUGUUUAGCACUUAUGAAAAAUGAAUGUUCCAGAUGUUUAGAUGCGUCAGACAACCUUGACAAAACACCAACAGAUUUAAUGGGUGCAUCCGCGUUUAAUCCAACAUGUGUACACACAUUUAAAAGGAGAGAACAUUCAGAAAUGAAAGAUAUUGUUGAGAAAUUAUCAGAAUUACCUAAAAUUGCGGAUUCUAAACAAAAUAGAAUUGCAAGGAAAGGUGUAAAAGAACAAACUUGGGAAGAAGAGAGAUUCAAAAGUAAGCAAAUGUCAACAAACAAAAGAAAACAAUUGAUGAAUCAAUUAAUUGUCAAAACAUUCAUCAAAUCAAGAUUUGUUACUCAAAUAAUGAUAGAUCCGUAUCGUAGAUCUGUAGUUGAUUUCUUUCAUUUAGAAAUUCAAGGAUUAUUUCGAAAACAUCUCAAAUUACUUGUACAAGCAUAG